AUGGAAUGGUUGUGUGAACGUGCUAUACUCACUCCAAAAAAUGACCAAGCGGCGGCUAUCAAUGAUACACUGCUGAUGUCUUUUGAAGGGGAAGAAAAAGUAUAUACUUCUAUAGAUACGGUGGUCAACAUGGACGAUGCAACUAAUUAUCCGGUUGAAUUUUUAAAUUCAUUGAAACCACCGGGCAUGCCAUAUCAUAGGCUUAUUCUGCGGGUGGGCACACCUAUUAUGUUGUUGCGAGAUUUGAAACCGCCUAAACUGUGCAAUGGGACCAGGCUUAAAGUCAAAGCUUUACAUCGCAAUAUAGUAGAAGCCACAAUUUUAACAGGAUGUGCAAAAGGGGAAACUGUGUUUGUACCACUAAUCCCUUUAAUUCCGAAUGAUCAUCUGUUCGAAUUUAAACGAUUACAGUUUCCCCUGAAAGUCUGUUUUGCAAUGACUAUAAACAAGUCUCAAGGCCAAACUCUUAAAUUUGCAGGAAUAGAUUUGCGAGAAAACUGUUUUUUACUGGGCAGUUCUACGUAG